UAUCUACCCAGUGUCGCGUGCAUCGUUAUUUUCCCAUUAGUUAUUUCCAAUUAAGUUACUUAACAAAACCUGUGCCACUUUGAGUUAGAUUAAUAAAUUAAUGACAACCAUUACAUAAAAUGUUAAUUUUUUUCUGUCUAGGAAAAGUCUGUAAAGAAGAAGUCAGUUUGAUGCGUUGCUAUGCAACGAGUCAACAAAAACAGACUCGGACCUGUAGCGUAGACGGAUGCAGAAAUGUUCAGUUACUCGGCAAACCAGUAUGACAGUGCAUUCAAGCCGCGGCGACUGCAGAACUGGUGUGAGACUAACGUUAAGCACUUCAAAGAGCGACCCACUGCACAUGAGGGCCGCACCACCUUUGUUGCCGACGAUAGAGGACAUCUGCUCCCAGGAGUGGUUAAGAAGGGCAGUGCAUGGACAGACUUUAAGGGGACCUGGGAUCUACCUGCUCGGAUCCCGGCCCACCACAUAAACCCUACGGGCCGCUCUGUGGAUGGUCUCAACAUGCUGAAGUCCUGGGGCAUUGACCCACAGCACCGGGGCAAAUCUCAGCCACGCGGAGGCAGCAAAGACACAGAAAGGCUGCAGGAUGUCGGCCAGCAGACCAAUGAAGCUGUGCAGCAGGACAAUGCUGCCCUGUGUUCUGCAGCUGGACCAGUACUCGACAACAGGCCUGAUCCUGGCGAGGUGAGACCAGCCAGCAGUGUAUCAGCGAAAGCAGCCCGCCAAGAAGGGCCCCCCCCCUCCGAGCAUGGACACACAGAGGAACAGCAAGAGCAGUGAACGUCUUCAUUUCAUUUGCGGUGGAUGAA